AUGGAUAACAUUCAAGCGCGUCACAGUUCGUACACAAACGCCUACCCUUCAGUAUCAGUGGAUACAAGAACAUUUUCUAAAUCAGAUAUGAAUAUGAGCAAACCUCAUUGCAGUAGCAAAUUGAAUGAGAGCGACAUUUUCCGUGUCAAAAACAGUUGUGAAGAAUACUACAAAAGAUACGAAUACGAUAAGAUACCAGUUAAAGAACAUAGCUCAAUUGACAACAGCUAUAAGGAAGACCGAAUGUCUGGCGACACCAAGGAUUCCAUGGCUAACUCAGAACUAGAUAAUUUAGAAUUAAAAGUAUUAAAAAAUAUAUCUCACGAAUUUCAAUCUGAUGAUACGUCAAUUGAAAGCCUCGAGUCUAACAUUAAACUAUUUAAAUGCACUGUUCAGGAAAUAUUUGAUAAAUUCUAUAAUAGCAUGAAUGAUUAUGAACUUUAUAAGCAGAGGUAUAGAGAGAUAUUAUCGAAGAAAAACGAUUCUAUCCUGGAAAUGGAAAAUUUUAUUAAAAAUAUGAUUCAAAAUAUACUCUCCAUAUCUGAAACAUCUGUUGAUAACAUUAAGAUAGAAUCCAAUGUGCCAGUAGUACCUCAGGAGAAUACUGCUGUUGAAACUUACAAAAACGAAAACUAUUCAUGUGAGUCGGCUGAUGAUUCAAAAUGCAGGAAUAAAAAAGAAGAAACACUAAACAUUUACCUUUUAAGUGUCGCUCCAUAUGUAGCGAUAAAAAUGAAUAACCGCAAUCAGCUGUCUGAAAUCGAUAUACGAGAUUCCAGUAUAGAUGAACUAGAGGGGCAAUUGGCUUCGGCAGAAAAUAUUAAAAUGAUAGCAGCCAAGAAAAGACAACUGGAAAGAUACAUAACCCAGCACCAUGUUCAGCACAAUGACAGAAGUAUACCUAUAAAAGUAUCAUGUCCAAAAAAAGAUAUAUCAUUAAAUGAAGAUUUUGCUAAAGACAGCCAAGAAGAGAACAUGUCACUUAUAUCAAAAAUUUGCAAUUACAUCUGCAAGAAGUUUCGCAAGACAUCUUUCUAG